AAGCAACAAGCCAAACUUUCCAAUGUCGUGAAUAUUGACAACAAAAUUUAUCAAUAUUCCUCAAGAAAUUCGCUGUAUUUUUGCUUCAAAACUAUGGGGGACAAUGCAGCUCGAAGGCCGAAGUAUUAUACACCGAAUGAAGUCGGUAUACAUAACACUUUAAAAGAUAUUUGGGUGUCAUUUCUUGGCAAAGUCUAUGAUCUCACUCCUUUGUGCAAGAAAUAUGCAGGUCAGUAGAAUUUGAUGGGUAUUGUAGAUGGAAAUUAUCGAUUGGAAAUUUAUAUACAUUUAUUACACCUAACCAGGAACACAAGCAAAAAAUUCAAUUUUAGGUCCCUGACAGGAAUUGAACCUGCGAUUCCAGUGCAGCGCUCUAACCAACUGAGCUACAGAGGCUAGUUGUCAAGCUCUAACCACAAGCUAAUGUAUAUACACAUGUAUAAGGGGUCACAUCCAUUUUCGUGUUGCCACAAAUAACGUUGAAUCGACAUAAGUGGGUGUGUUUUUUAUGUGAACUUAUCGACGUUAUCUUGUGGCAAUUUGACAAUUAAUGCCCAAAGUAACUAUCACAGUACAGAUUUUGUAUCAUAAAUAUGAAAGUCAAAAUACGACUGAAUAUUGAUUGAUGUUUUCUGGAGUGGGUGGGUGAAGAAAUAACAUCGAUUUGACGUUAUUUGUGGCAACAUGAAUAUGGACGUGGCCCCUAAGUUAUGGGUAAAUAUCAAGAUUUUUGCGGAAUCUCACUCGAAUGAAUACCAUUUGAUGGGUAUUGUAGAUGGAAAUUGUUGAGUGGGAAAUUUAUAUACAUUUAUACUAAACCAGGAACAGAAGCAAAAAAUUCAACUUUUGGUAAUACUUGUUUCAUUAUGAUUACUAGGAGAUGUUCUGUUAAAACCAAUUAUUGAAUCAGCAGGUAAAGACAUCUCUCAUUGGUUCGAUCGCAAAACAAAAGAGGUAUUCCACUAUAUUAUUACUAUAGCCAAAUAUAUAGAGGUGUUCGGCUACAGAAGGUGUACACCCUGCUCUAAUCUCCAGUGCAUCGGCCUCCUACCCUUUAUAAUAAAAAAGUUGGCAUCAAGCAGUGAUGCAUUUAAUUGAACUCUUGACAAGACAUGCAGUGGUAUAAAAAAAUAGUAGCACAGUCCCCCCCUCCCCCCUGGAAAUUAUUUAUAUAUACACAUCUUUAAACAUCCAUCUCCCUCAUAGAUGAGUGCAGAUCCUCCUAAGUUUUAUGGGAGAUUUAGCUAGCCAUUAGUAGCAUAAUAUACCCCCUGGAAAGCAUUUAUCUGAAUGAUGUUCAUGACAUAUUAUGCUUUCUUUUUUGUAGAUACGGACCCGUAUUGACCCGGACACCAAUUGUGUAUUCCCAUAUACCCCCCGAGGAAGGUUCAUCCACAUUCCACCAAAAUGUCCAAGGACCGACUGGGAUAAUGAUUUUGGUAGACCUUGGUGGAAGGAUGAGUCGUACUGUAUCGGUCGGCUGUCCGGGAAAACCAGGAAGAUUAGGAUAAUAAAUACCCUGACAUCACAAGAACAAAUCUUAGAGGUAUAGCCAGAAAACUGAAAAUUCAUUUAUUUUAUUUAUACUGCAAUACACCCUUUCGAUAAUUAUGUCAAAACUACACUGUUUUCAACUUAGGACCAUCUUAAAUGGGAAGGAUUUCAAGUUGUUUUUUUCUCAUGGGCUACGCACAGAGAAGCAGAACAUUCUUCUUCAACACAUGCGCGAAAAAAAUUUUGGAUUUUGAUCAAUAGAUAUGGAAAUAAGCAUAACACGAAAACGAGGCUACAGGUCUGGACCUGGAGGCUCAUUUUCGUGUUAAAGCUUAUUUCCACAUUUUUUUCAUGCAUUUGUUGAAGAAGGAUGUUCUUCUUCUUUGUGCAUAGCCCAUGAGAAAAAAACUUGAAAUCCUUUUCAUGCAAGGUGGUCCUAAGUUGAAAACAGUGUAGUUGUGACGUAAUUAUCGAAAGGGUGUAUUAGUUUUAUCAGUCAAAUUUGUCUUCCUUAUCAGCUCCCUUAUUCGCCCAGUGUUACAGCUAUAGUCAGUACAGAAUCGGAGGGUGUGGUGGAAUUCUUAAGCUCAAAAAUUUUACAUUAUUGCCGUGGGUGAUUUGGCAAAAUACGUAAAAAACUGACGCCGUAUUCACGCCACAUUUAAGAAAAUCUGACCUCAUUCCAUCAAGUAAAUUCCAUAUUCCACAAAAAGUGAAAGAAUUCCCCAUUCCAAAAUUCUCUCCCAAUAUACUGGAUUGAGCUCUGCUGUAUCAAGUUUAAACUGUUAUCCCUAGAGGUCUUAUUGGUCUGUGUAUACUGACAUUGUCUUGACGUGCUUUUAAUCUUCGGCAAACACUAGCUAUCAACGGUAUCAAUUAAGGUGCAAUGUAUCAAUUGGAAAUGCAGAGAAUUCUACGGAUUCAAAUUGUCUACCGAUAAGGAAAAAUCCUCCCUAACCUCAGCCUACCAUUUUAGGUUUGCUCGGAAGAAAUCCUCACAGAGAUCCAAGACCGUUACAUCAACUACAACCUACACGCAGGCAGCUACACCUGGAAAUACGAAGGCGUUAACCUUGACAUGAAGAAGACUUUGGAAGAAAAUGGAAUUGUAGACCAGAGCGGGGACUUCUAUCAGCUGAGCAUUAAUGAAGAUCACUAUCUACCUGCGAUACAUUUGUACUUUAAUGACGACCUUACCGAUGCUUAAUGAUAUUUUUGUAAAUAUAUUGUAAAUAUUUGGAUCGAUUAAAAGUUGAAUAAGAACGAGUUUGCA